CUCGGUGGACACGGGCCGUCGUUACUAGCUGCGCCGCUCGCAUCUCCAUGCUUUUUUAUUAUUAAUGGUGAUCCCGCUAGACCGCCAAUGCCCAGAGCCGCGCGUGUAGCAGCGCGUUCCCAUUGGCUAAACGAGGAGCGCGGCUCGCGCUUUUAAAAGUGGGCGGGGUCUUCGAAUGCACAGCACUGUUGGUGAGGACUCGUCGUCGCGUAGCAACCGGCUGGGCCUGCAACGGGAAGAAGCGCCAGCUGUGAGACACCGUUUAAGCUCUUAACACUGAACUUCAUCUUCUUCAGGGAUUUACAUAUAAAAAGAAGAAACGAUACCACUAAUCAGUUUCAGUUUUCUGCCCCAAAACGACGGACUUAACGCUGAAGCGUUUUCGAAUUUUCUCCAGCUGGCACGUAUACCGAGUCCUGCACGCGUCUGCAGGUGAAAGCGCCGUCUGUAGCUGACUAGUGGGCACGAGUCGUGUCACACCGCCUGGCUCUGGCUGUGUGUUUACGUCAGAGUUUGGCCGACAGGACUUGACAUUUGGUGACUGCCUGACAAGAGGGUGUGAGUUGGAAGGAAAGACGACAAACUCUAAUCCUCGAACUGGGAGGAAGACAGUUCACUUGCUUUCGGAAAGAGAAACGCCCAGUGCUACCGAUCUUUUUUUAGUUGUCGGACGGUUCUUGCCAAGACAAUGUAACCUCUUCGCCCCACCCUUUAAGGAGCAUUUUGGCGCGGCCUUGCACGGUUCUCCAGGGACGACUGUGUAGGGUAUGGCGGCGCACCACGUCGUCUUCGUCGCUGGAGCAGCAUGGCAACUUCUGUGCGAAAGUCCGAUGGUACUGGGUGCUCCUCUUCUUCAUUUGGAUUGCUGUGUAGAUGAACUGGAUAUAAAUGGAAGUUGCCCAUUUAAUGCAACUUGCAGGCCAGAUUGUUAUCAGCUACGCUUUGAGAAUGGCACAACUACAUGUGUGCGGUGCAAACCUGAGUCACCAUCCACUUUACUGUACAACAUAAGCUGUGUUUAUUCAAAUGAAACUUAUUUUCCAUCAAAUGCAAGUACUACAGCGCCACCACAGCCAAAAAUUGGCGGUCCAGGAGUGGUAGCUUCAUUGCUGUUUGGGACCUUAUUCAUUAGCUUAUUUCUUAUUCUCUCUGUGGCAUCUUUUUUCUACCUCAAACGGUCCAACAAACUUCCCAGCAUCUUCUACAGAAGAAACAAAGCCUCCAUACUGCAGCCCAGUGAAACGGCAGCAAUGAUUCCUACCCCAACCUCAUCAGUACGGAAGCCAAGGUACGUAAGAAGAGAACGGCCUUCAGUUAUGUCAACAGCAGCUACCAUAACCUCAGAUGCAACCACAAGAGUGAGCAAUGUGUAAUUCUGUCAACUCUGCCUCUUCAGAAAAAAAGAAGAAAACUUGUCCCACCUGAAAGGCAAAGUGACUUCUAGAAUCCAUGGAAAGGGUUUUAUUUGAAGGUUUCCUUUUGACAUUGUUGCCAUGUUUUUUAUAAAGGGAAAGGAGUGGUAAGGAAUAAACUGAGAAAGAGCAGAGUCUAUGCCAUGCUGCUGCUUCAUGUCUUGGCAUGAGCAGCUGAGUAACCACAUCCAGGUGAUCAUUUUUAAAAUUACAUAUGAAAAAUCUCCUACCUUUUUUACUUUUUAACCCACCAAAUAAUCAGACUAUUGUAAGCUUUAGUUUACAGCAAACCUCUGUAAACAGUAUGAACUGUGACAAUGGUGUUACUCCAUAUUUUGACAUUCCGUUUAAUAAGGGCUUUUCAAUGGGAUCCAGUUCAAUUAUAGUUUACUUAUACAUGAAAGCAUAAUUUUGUUCAUACAUUGGGUAUAACUGUAGUGACCCAGACUACUACAGGCUGUUUUCACAAUCAUGAUUAUCACUUCUGACAUUCUUGCAAACAGAAGCUUUGUUGCUGUUUGACUUAUCAAAGAACAUUAAAUUGGAUAAUGUGUAACUUUACAUACAAUACCUGCAAGUCCAGUUUUGCAUUUCAGUUCUACCUGAAGUAGUUUGCCCUUUAAAAUUAGACAAAAUUAGCAUCCAAAAGUACACUAUUCCCAGUAACUGCCCCCCAGUUCCUUUACAAAGAGCUUUCUAAAUUUGCCUUUAGCGUAUGGUUCUCCAUACUGCAUGCCUUUUAACACACACUGUUUUUAUAAUGACAUAUUAAAUUGCAUUGUUGUUUUAGAGAGUCAGACACGCUGCAUGUUGUUAGGCCUGCUUCUCAACAAAGGCCUGCAAAUGGUUAGAUUUAGGUGAUAUUUGGUUGCUGUAGCUAAGAGUGAGCAGGUGAAGUGUCUCCCAUUACUCUCACCUGUCCUCCUCCUGCACUCUUUGAGUCGGCCCUAGUCAGUAACUACAUAACCAACGAAUCCCUCCUAGGAGGUAAAAUUAGCAAUGUGAGCUGACAGUUGAAAUGCAAGAUGAGCCCCAAAGCUUAAUCAGUAUUGUAGUCUUUUCUUUUCCUCUGAUGUUGUUUUCCUUAUUCAUCUUGAUUUGAAUGACAUAUUCCUUAGAAAACCAGCCUGUGUGUAUGUGCCAAAUGUUUUAGAUAAUAAUAUAGACAAUAUUUUAUGGCAAUAGUAAUGAUCUAAAUUACAUUGGACUCUUAUUUCUAUAUAGCAUUGUGAUUUCUCUUGGCAUUUUUUUUUUAUUUUUUUGAAAGUGGUGGAAGAGUGAAGAAUUGCAAUGGUUUAGGGGUGAUGGGGGGGGGGGGGGGGGGGGGGGGCAGGUUUGGGCAGUGAAAAGCCUUUCUUAAAGGAUUUUUUUUUGUCACUUGGUGUUUCUUCAGUUAAUGUUCUCUAAGCUUUUAAGCCAAAAGUGUUUUAAAGCUUGCUUUAUUUGGUCAGGCCUGUGGCAAAUUAAAUUUAUUCUUCAAUAAGAGCACUAAUUCAAUUUCAGCACAUUUUUCUUUCAGCUGUGCAUUUAGAUAAUUUCUGCCAGUUGACUUCCCUGCCACUCCCAUUCUGUUGAUGGUGGCUAAUAACAAUACGUGUCUCCUUCAGCCUUCGGUCAGCACACGGGGCUUUGCUGUGACCGCCCACCCGAGCCACGUCAGUACUGCUAGUUUUGUUCUGCUCAUUCCAUACACAACAGGACAUGAUUUCCAAGUAUGCCUUAGACAAGGUGUGACAGAGGUAAACAAAAUGAUAAUUAAUCAAAUAUAACCGCACCUUUGGGAACAUAUUUCAAGCUAGCAAGUUAUCAAAGCUGAAUUUGAUGAAUUUUAAGGAAAAAACAGGCAAAUUAUUUCAGAAUAAAAAUUAAGGGCCGGUAUUUCACCUUUAUAACUGGCAGUGGAAAAUAAUAUGGAGGUGUAUAAGGCAGGGUGAUCUCCUAAAAGCAUGGCAUAGUGCACAAAUGUCAGCCUCAUCGACACCACUCUCCAUGUCAGAGCCUAUUUAGGUUGAGGCACGGUCCUUUCUAUUGCAGUGGUGUUAACUUUCCAGUGUAUAAUAUAAUAACAUUGUGCAAGCAUUACACUUUGUUCUCCCAGUUAAUAUCAUGAUUUGUGAAAACUGGAUGGCAGAAUAAAAUGGGGCUGCUCAGAGGUGAGCAGAGUUUCAAAUUAUUUAAAUAAUUGCAACUUUCAAUAGUAGUACUACGUGGAGAACUUAGUAUGUUUUAAUUAGCGAUGGGUCAUAGUUGCUGGUAUGCCCCCCUGACUGAAUUGGUAUGAAGUUCAACAACAAACAAGCCUUUGUCUCCAUGAGACAGACCAACUGUUCACUGAUUGGCUGCUAAACAAAUAUCUGAUGAACCAGGCGGCGAGCUCCGUUUUAUUAGCAUUUCAAACCACUGCUUGUCUGACCCACUGAUCUGAGUGAUCUUGGAAAACGUGUUUGUGCUGUCUGUUGAUUGCACUCAUUGCUAACACACACAUACACACACACACACACACGCAUGUGUACCCAAACUGAAUCAGCUGUUGUACUGGUUUUAGCCCCGUAUUCAAAAUGAUAAUGAAAUGUCAGGGUGCGCCAUCUGUUCGUAUUGUAUUGCUCCAUUGUCUUUGGACUGUCAUUCCACGAAGACCGUUUGUCUUUUCCUUGCACUUAGAGAGGAGCCAAUCCCAUAUUGCAAGUGCAGUAAAAACAGUGUUUUGAAUUUUCUUUUUGGAAAGCACCCAUAUGACAUUUGGCUUGACAUCAGUGGGUGGCACAGACCGGCUCUGCAGGUUUCCUUUGAUAUGCUUCGUCAUUUCAUCUUUACUUAGUAGUCUUAUCUCUAUUUAAAUGUGAAUGUACUGAUGUAGAAUAUACUGGAUUUUUUUUAAGCAAACCUUUUUCUUAAGUUUAAUCUACAAGACCAGAUAUUUUCAGGUGGUAAUUUAACUUGGACUGAGUUUCAAGCAAAGUAUGUCCUAUGGAUGUGGACUGGUUCUUAGCUAAUGGUGUGUUCUUGUGCUGGUGAGCAUAAUAUCAUACAACUGUGUUUGAACUGUGAAUUGCCGUUCUCGUUUCUCCCAAUGUUUUCAGCAUUGUUUGUGGUUCUAAAGUGAAAUUUGAAAAUCAGCAGUGUUGUCUUUAAUCAAACGAGAUUCUCAAUACUGUCUCUGAAUGAAUUUCCAAUUGUCAUAUGGCACUACACAGUAUUUCUACACUAGCUGUCAUACAGCAACUAGUAAUCGGUUUUGUUUUGUAUAUAAUGCUUUUUUUUAUACCAAAUGUGCUGUAUUUAAUGUUGCCUUUUUGUACUCAUUUGUAAUAAUUUUUUUCCCAAAAGUAGUUUUUGUAAACAUUUGUGUCUGUUAAUGAAUUGUUCACAAUGCGUAUUUAUGCUUUUGGCUAAUAAAACUUUUUUCUA